GUCGUGUUGAUAGUCUGGAAGGAGAGGCCAUGGAUCUCGGUCUCUGAUGGAGGUUGACUAUUUUCGCGCAAGUUAAGGCAGUUCAAAGUCCAGUUAUGGAGCAAGACAAAGGCAGCCCCCUCCCCCCCCUGAGACGUCCCAAGAAAGUACCUCCACCAGUGCCCAAGAAGAGACCGAGGAGUGCCCCGUCUGUAGGGAUCGGGAAUGGAACGGCACAGGUUGACGAGCCUAACCCGAUCCUGAGUGUGCCUGAGGAGGUUUUAGUGUCGUGUGAUGACUUGACAAGGUUGCCAAUCCUGUAUGAUGACGUAGUCUUAGGGUGCAUAGCCUCGAGAUAUCAACAAAAUCUCUUUUAUACAUGGGCCGGACCAACGCUCGUUGCCACUAACCCCUGCCGUCCAGUUCCCCAGUUGUACACUCCCAAAGAAAUCCAACAUCACCAUCAUCAAGUUAAGAGUGGCACAGACAGAAGGGACGCGCACAUCUUCAGUGUAGCGGGUCUGGCUCACCACCGCCUUACGCAUGACCUGGGCUACAUCAACCAAGCCAUUCUGGUGUCAGGAGAGAGUGGCGCUGGCAAGACCGAAUCCGCACGGUACAUGCUAGAGUACCUGAGCCACAUUGAGACCAGCUUUCCCCUAGUUCCGCGGUCUCCCCUAAAAGGCGUUUGGGAGGACAAACAGCCGCAAGACAUCCAGGAGCGGAUCUUGGCCUCCAACCCCAUCCUUGAGGCCUUUGGUAAUGCUGCAACCCUACGCAAUCAUAAUUCCAGCAGGUUCGGAAAACUUAUCCGCCUGCAGUAUGGUGGGCGGCAGCUGCGUGGUGCUGAAAUUGACACUUAUCUUCUGGAGAAGACUAGAGUCACACAUCAGACAGAAAAUGAGAGGAACUUUCAUAUAUUUUACCAGGUUUUAGCUGGCAUCAAAUCCGGAGACAUCGAAGGCUUAAAGGCAGACAGUGGCGACCGGUUUGUCAUUGCGCCGAAGGGAUAUCUCGACUCUGACCUGGCCAAUUUGCGGGAAACUCUGCAUGCCUUCAAGCAGCUUGAUUUUUCUACGUCUCAUCAGAAACAGAUAUUCCAGCUGGUCAUGGCUCUCCUUCACCUUGGGAAUGUGAAUUUCGGCCAGGAUAAGGAGAACCACAGCUCCUGGACAGUUGAUCGCCAGAAUGCAGAAUGUCUGAAAAGCCUUGAAUCUGCCUGCGCGCUCCUUGGAUUGGAAGAAGACAAGCUUGUAGAUGCUCUAACAAUUAGAACGAUUAGCGUAGGAACGGCAAGGAGGGUGAGUGUCUUUCACAAGCCCUGCGAAACGGAAGCACAGUGCGUGGAGAGAAGGGAUGCCUUGAUGCAACUUAUAUACGCCUCGCUGUUUUCCCACAUCGUUGCGUAUAUCAACACCCAAGUCAGUGCCCACAGGAACUUGUGGUCGCAUUUUUUAGGUGUAUUGGAUGUUUAUGGUUUUGAGACUUUUGAUCAAAAUAGUCUAGAGCAGCUGUGUAUAAAUUAUGCAAAUGAGAGAUUGCAACAGGAAUUCAUGUAUCGAUAUUUGGCAGCCGAGCACCAGGUUUUAAAAGAGGAAGGAUUUCUUGAUGUCGAUGUUCCCUACACAGAUAAUACAGACUGUGUUGUGGCUCUGGACUCCAACAUAUCUGUGUUCGCCAUUCUGAACGAGGAGUGCCAACUGAAGCGGGCCCUCAAGGAGGACGAGGCGUGCGACCGCGUGUGCAAGGCCCUGGAGGACACGGGCGUUGUCCACGCUCCCUUGUCGCCCAAGCGGAAGGCCGGCUUCGUGGUCCGGCACUACGCGGGGCCCGUCAAGUACGAUGCCAAGGGCCUGUUGCAUAAGAACAAGGACGAGGUUCCCCUCGAAGUUAGAGGUUUACUAGCGAGCAGUAGCCAGGAUUUUAUUGGGAGCUUAGUGUCCGACACAAGUGACGUGGACCUUGAGAGUGGCCGACGGACGACUCGCAAGGUCACGACCCUGGCCAAGUUCAAGGCUUCCCUGGACACCCUCAUGAGGACCCUGGCCAGGUGCGACCUGCACUAUGUCCGGUGCCUCAAGCCCAAUGCCGGGUCAAUGCCAGGGCAGCCCAACAACGGUUACAUCCUGCACCAACUGCGGGCAUGCGGUGUGAUUGAGACGGUGCGAAUCAGUCAAGCCGGAUACCCAGUGAGGAUCUCCUACGAAGACUUCAUCUCGCGCUACGGCCGGCCAAGUGAAGAAGACGCAGUCGGUGUGAGCAAAGAGAUAGCCAGGACCAUGCUGGGGACCACACAGGACGGCCACGUUGAUUCUGUGAAGUGCAGAUUUGGCCGGACGCGCAUAUUCCUCUCAGAGAGCGCCCUUCACACCCUUGAAGCGGUUAGGGAACUCAAGCGAAUAAACGCUGCAACCUGCCUUCAGAAGUGCUGGCGAAGUUACAGAUGCGCAAGGAGAUACAAGCUUGUAAGAGUAGCUACACUUGUGAUUCAGAAGAAUGCCAAGAGUCUGAUUGCAAAGAAGAAAUACCAGACACUAAAGAAGUCUUGCGUCGUAAUCCAGAAGCGCGUGAGAGGAUUUUUAACUCUAAGGAAGUACUUACAGAAGCUGAAGGCUGCAGUCACCCUCCAAAAAUAUUGUCGUGGCUGGAUGGCCCGAAGGAGAUAUGAAACCUUGGUACAGCAGAACUUGACACGUCCAUUCUCGAGGCAGUCCGUGGUGUCCAUGAAUAGUUUAGGGUACUACAGUCUUACAACGUCAGUUUCAGGUUACAGUAUAAACCCGUCACUUCAUGAUGUGAGUCCCUGUGAUGCAGCGUACGGUGAAGGAGCUGUUGGUUUGGGAGGAGAUGCACUGCGGGCAUACUUGUCCCCAGAACACCGCAAGAGACUCCUUGAAACAGAGGAGUCGGGCAUUGAGACCGACACGGAAAGCAUCAAUGGCGAAGUCACGAAUGCGGAAACCAAAAGGCCACGGAAGCUCAGGCGGAGAGCCCAGCUGCAGCAGCUCCUGGGGGAGAGGAGGAAGAGCAAGAUCCCUCGAGCUGCAAGUGAUGAGUCGCUGGAUGACGUUUCGGGGAGUCACGUGAGUCCGAGCUCGGGAGUCGAGUGUUCAGGCAGUCACCCGGAUGGGAUAGCCAACAGUAGCAUCAGGUCAAAAAGUCCCGAGAAGGAUGACCUGUCAACACAAACGGCCUCAUCCCCACUGGCAAGUAAUAUCAGGAAAUUUGAGGAAGAAGUAGUGGCUGCAGAGGAGCCACUCAGUCAAGAAUCAACCCAAAGGUUAAGAGUUGCAACAAUGCGAAACUUUGAAGAUGUUAAUGGGCUUCUUAAAGACUAUUCUCCCUCUGAAAAUUUACAAAUGGUCUUGCCCAAGCAAAAUUUGUCCCUUUUCUUCAAGGAUGGAGUGCUCUCUUACAGGCGUAUGCCAAUGGUAAAGAUCAAGUUCCACACCCGUCAGACGUGCCUGCCAUUCUCGCACCACCUCCCCCACCACGAGAGGCCGCAAGGCUUUUGGGACGCCAUCCGCUGAGCCGGGCCUGGGGAGACCUGGCUUAGUUGUUAGUCGUGACUUACUGAAAGAAUUCUCCAUCCACUACUGCCAACGAGGGUGUGUUUAAUAGGUUGUUAAAGUCAUUUCUUUUGGCCUCUCCAAAAGCUCUCUGAUUGUGAUACAGUGCAUUUAGAAUUUCUUGAGUUUUAGGGAUGAUUGUAAUUUCUAUUCUGUGCCAAUAUUGUCGGCUGCUAUAUUAUAGCUUUCAUUUGGGAGCUUUUGUAGAAGAAGUGAAGGUAUUUCAAAAUAACUUUUGAUAUCCUUUUACAUUUUAAAGAAUUAUUUUUCUAUUGUGUCUUCCUGUACAACAUUGCCAAUGGCAUGUGAAUACUUUACUGGCAGUUAAUAACAGUCCCUGAUGCUCUCGUUAAAGAAAGGAUUAACUUUGGGAGGCUAAGUGAGUGUCAACUGAGGUGGGAAUUCGUUGAAAGAGUAUGUAGGGUGGCAUGACAUUGGUGUGGUUUAUAUAUCGUAAUGUUAAGACCUUCUUCUUUUCUUUCAUGUUUCUUCUUUUUAUAUAAAAUUAUAAAGCUGCCCUUCAUUUAAGUGUAAAAUCAGAUCUCUCUACUGCAAUAUGUAGUGAAACUUGAACCACUUUCGGAAUGUCUGUUUCCUUAAAUGUCCCUGUUGUGGUUGUUAAGAAUUAGGAGAUGAGUUGAAAAAUUAUUAUUCUUGUACAGUAGCUCGACAUACUGCUUGCAUAAGUAGGAGGGUCGAGGUAUAAUUACUUUGUAUGUGUACCCAGAAUCAAGUAGUGUUCAUAGUAUGUUUAUUGCUAAAUUUUAAAAAUCUUUAGAUAUCUGGUGCUUUUGACGAAAGAUUUUUUUAUAUAUAAGGCUGUCAUCCACUUCUUCUGGCCUGAAAGAACGAAUUUAUUGCCAUUUACUAUGCUCUCGGAAAUAUUCAUAGUUUGUAUCCUAGAAUCUUUCAGACUUCUUAUAAGUCUGUAUUUUCUACUGAAUGUGAAUUUUCAAGGCUCCACCAUUGGAAUAGAUCAUAGAUGCAACUUAACCUCUUUGUAAAUUUCAGACAUUAUUAUCGAUCUUAGUAGAUUAGCAUUUUUAAAAAGUUAUAUUUCUUAUGCAAUAUGGCUAGUCACCAAUUGGUUUUCUGUGCUUUAAUAUAUAAAAUAAUUGUGAUUUAUAGUCUUUUACAAUAUUCAAGGGGGACAGAGCUGUAGCCUUGUAGCCAUUUUAUCAUUCCACGUAUACCAGAAUAUUUCAAGGCAAACAAUCUGUAUUUUUGCAUAAGACUUCUAACUGUAGAUUAGCAGUCAUCUCCAUGAUAAGGUGGGAAUUCUUCUUCGUAAAUUUUUUUAUGCAAGAUAUUAUUCAACUAUUUAUGAACAAGGAUUUUUCUUUUUUUCUUUUGGCUGUGAUGUGUAUUACAAAAAUCUUUACAUUAGUUAGUGAAUAGCCAUACCCUGUGUUAGUGCUAUUGUCAGCUCAAAUGUAUUGUAUUUUUUAUUAUACUUGUAACUUAUUAUAUUCCAUUGUAGGGUGUAUUCAACACACAAGAAAGAUUUCACAAUCCUAAUGUUGAAAUAAGAUUUGUAUUUGCAUGAUUGGUGUGUGCAUGGUAAGACCAGUAACAAACAGGGUAUGGGUAGGUUAAGAGGUAUGUUCAUUUACAGCACACAGGUGUGUCUGGUAGAUUAUUAAAAGGUCUUUGGAUUAUUGAAUUGUAGGAUAGUACACUAAUCAUAUUCAAGUUUCUGGUUGUGAUUGUAAGUUGUAAAUGUUGAAAAAUGAUAUUGUUUCCUCCUUGAAGGAAGGAAGCUGAGAUGUUGAUUUAACUCUUUGUAGUCAGGAAUACAGGCACUAGAGGGGAAACAAAAGCUAUGUCAGAGGUGCUGCAUUAAACUCUGCAAGGUUCAUGGCAACAUAAAGGGUGGGCGGGCAAAUGGGUAGGUGCCAAUCAUUCAUACAAUUUUUUUCAGUGGCUGAGUAGAUUUAGAUAUGCCCCAGGUUGUACUCCUGUUCUGACUUUAUUCUGUUGUUGUUUAGGUGCUAUUGAAUAUUUUGAAUUUGUACUUCAAGGGGCUCAUCAAGGAUGUUGAACUGUGGCCCAUAUGUUCCAUUCCAUUUUAAAUUUUCAAAAAGAGUGGUUUCACGUAUCCGGAGCAUUUUGCUCCUGGCAUGCCCUGUCUCUAGGUCAUCAAUCAGAAACAUGAAAAGCUCUCACUGUAAUAGGUAAUCGAGUCGUCACAUUUCCUUGCCAUAUGUAUUGUAAGCGGUGCUAAUUAUAAUAUAGGUUGCCAUAGAUAAUAUCAGUCUUGCCUCUUUACCAGUUAGGGAUACCCAUAGUAAGAGACGAGGGAAUUUUCAAGUGGUCUGAGACUACUGUGGUUAAUUGUACUAUGUUUUUAAGUGGUUUGUACAUUUGUAUAUUUAAGUACACAUAUCAUUUUAGAUUAUAUGCAGAGUUGGAUGCAGUAGCCAAUCCAUAAUUGUGAUGAUGACAGCUUACUUAAUAUUAACUAUUUAAGCAACAUGGCUUUUGCAUUUUUAUUUCACUAAUUUCAUCUAAUUGGAAUGUACUUCAUAUCAUACUAGAAGAAUAUGCUGUUUUACAGAAGGGAGAGAAUUCUGGAAUUGCACACACUAAUGUAUGUGAAUAAAAGGAGGUUGGUUUAGAAGGACUGAUGGACUUCUGCUUUAUCUUCACCAAAAAGUUUAACGGGAUCCAUGUCAGCUCAGGGUGUAAGAUGAGCACGAAAUGCCUCCCUUUCCCUGCAGAGGUGUCGGCAAGAGUUUAACUGUUUGAAUGUGUACUUACAGGUCACCUCAUGUAUGCUUUAUUUAAAAGGUAUUAAACAGUUUAUGAUCA